AUGGAUUCUCAAAGUUCUUCGUCGAGAGACGAAAAAGCCAUCUAUGAAGAUUCCACCAGGAAUCACGAGUUGGAAAGAGAAGUUGAAGCAGAAAAAUCGAUUGGUGUUGAAAAAGCUGAAAUUUUGGCUGAGCAAUGGAAACAUACAUUCUGGUACAAAGUGGUCUUGCUAUUCUCCGCGUUCUUGGUUGGUUACGCUUAUGGGUUGGACUCGCAAACCAGAUACAUCUACACUGCUUACGCUACUGCUUCGUGGAGUGAACACUCCUUGUUGACUACAGUCAACGCCAUUACUGCGCUUACCGCGGCCGCCGCCCAGCCCGUUUACGCAAGAUUGUCAGAUGUCUUUGGCCGGUUGGAGUUGUUUAUUGUAGCUGUAUUGUUUUACGUUGUCGGCACAAUCAUCGAGUGCCAGUCGCCCACGAUCAAUGCCUACGUUGCCGGUGCUGUCUUGUACCAGAUCGGCUACAGUGGUAUCAUCAUGGUGUUGCUUUUCAUCUUGUCGGAUUUCUCCAGUUUGAGAUGGAGAUUGUACUUUUCGCUUUGUCCCUCGUUCCCAUUCAUCAUCAACACUUGGAUCUCAGGUGACGUCACCACUGCCGUGGGAACCAAUUGGAAAUGGGGUAUCGGUAUGUGGGCGUUCAUCCUUCCCUUGGCUUGCAUCCCAUUUGUCUGCUGCAUGAUCCACAUGAGAUGGUUGGCCGGUAAAACUGAGGCUUGGAAAGCAUUCAAGCAAAGAGAGACCAAAUUCCAGGAAUUGGGCUUUGUUGGCUUUAUCAAGUACUUGUUCUGGAGAUUGGAUGUCAUUGGUUUGAUCUUGAUGGUUGUCUCCUUGGGUUGCUUGUUGAUUCCAUUAACUCUUGCUGGCGGUGUCAAUGAGAAAUGGAAGCAGGGAAACAUUAUUGCACCUAUAGUCGUUGGUGGUGUCCUCAUCCCCGUGUUUUGCCUCUGGGAGUAUUUCGCCAAGCACCCAAUAUUGCCAUUGCCAUUGAUGAAGGACCGCGGUAUCUGGUCAGGAGCAGUCAUCUCCUUCCUUUUCGACUUUGUCUAUGCAGUUGAAGCUUCGUUUUUGUACACGGUCUUAAUUGUUGCCGUGAAUGAGUCGAUGAAAUCCGCUACGAGGAUCUCCAGCAUUUCAUCCUUUGCCUCCGUCGUUUGUGGUUUCCUCUUUGGUUUGUUUGUUGCCUACUUCCGUCAUUUGAAGCCAUUCAUCAUCUUGGGUUGUUCCUUGUGGAUGGUGGCUUUUGGGUUAAUGUACCACUACAGAUCCACAUUGAGUGCCCACUCGGGGAUCAUUGGUGCUAUGGUUGUCAUGGGUAUCGGUACCGGGUUUUUCACUUACCCCAUCACCGUCAGCGCACAAAGUUGCGUGAGCCACGAACACAUGGCGGUGGUUACUUCCGCCUUGUACACCCUUUACCGGGUUGGUUACGCAGUCGGCUCCUCGGUUGCAGGAGCUAUUUGGUCGCAAACAUUAUACACCAAAUUGGCUGAGCAUCUUAGCCCCGAGCUCGCGUCAAGCGUCUACAAGAGCCCCUACACGUUUGCUGCCCAAUACGCAUGGGGUACUCCCGAGAGAGAAGGUGCCGUCCAUGCUUACGGAGAAGUUCAAAGAAUCUUGAUGAUUGUUUGUAUAUGUUUUGUUGCACCAAUGAUUCUUUGCGGCUUCUUCUUGAGAGACCACGAGUUGACUAGAGAGCAAUCCUUGGAUGACGUUGAAGAAAAAGAGCAAAAGGAGUCCUUGGGUGGAUUCUUGAAGAACUUUGGCAGACCCAGACAUGAACGUGUAUAA